CAUCCCGGGUGUGCUUUGUGAAGUUCCAGGAGCCAGAGUCUGUUGGUGUGUCUCAGCAUCUGACUAACACGGUGUUUGUGGACAGAGCGCUGAUAGUGGUCCCGUUUGCUGAAGGUUUGUAUAAAAGCUCAUUGUUGAAUGAAUUGUGAUGGUGCAAGACUGUAAAAAGGUUGUUUUUUUUCCUGUCUCCUGUGAAUUCACCCUGGCAUGCUUAUAUGAGCUUUGUAAGAUAAUUUUGAAUGAAAGUGGUAUUGCCAUUCUCCUCCCAUGGCUCGUGUGUUUAAAGCAGACUUCUGCUGUCAGAUUUGUGGUGAACUGUUUUAGCGCAUUGCACAUCUGUUUUAGCACAACAACCCUUAAACAGAUCUUUGUUACCUGGAGUUAAGUUGUUCGGGAUAUCGUGAGGUGUUUGUCUCUGACUAAAACAGUAAUGUGCUUUGCGCUCAGAAAGUUCAGCGUACCAAACUCUGCUUUACACACCAGGACACGGACAUCUGUGGGCACCACAGGCACGUCAAAGUUCAGAAGUGAUGUACUUAAAACGCUUAACCAAAUGCAUUUUUAUUCUCACCAUAUAUUGGACUACCCCCUGUUAAACUUCUCUCUGUUAUUUGUGUGUGUAUGUGUGUGUGUGUAUGUGUGUGUGUGUAAUUUUUGUAGUGAAGAAGGCAAAAGCAGCCCCCUCGUUGAUGGCUGAAAGUGGUCCUCUGCCUGCCAACAGGGAAUUGUAGACAUUUGCAAAGGCCAGCAAGCAUACAAGCCCCACCACUCUCUCUCUCUUCUCAUUUUGUCUCCUUUUUUUUCUUUCUCUGCCUUAUCUUUUUCUUUCCUUCUGUCUAAAUUGUCUUUCCCAGGUGGUUUUGAGAAUAAAGUUCAGAUUUCUAGGGCAUAACCUGAAACUGUGCAAAUUCUGCACUAUUUAACGACACUUUUGAGGGCUGCUUGGUCAUGUGUUUUAUGGUUAAGAAACGGUUCCUUUGCAGAUAAGGCUGCCUGUAUUCAUCACUUUUUAAUGUCAACAAAUCCCAUGAAAACACAGAGGCCAUUCAAGUCCAGACUAGUAAAUGCUUGUUUGUUCAUUAGAGUAAUUGCAGCUGAUGCAGUUUAUUUAGAGUCGGUGCCACAGGCACCAUCAUGCUCUUUUAAAAGCUCACUAGCAUACGCAAACAGAUUUUAAACAACAGCUGAAAGUAGUCCCCAGCAGAUGGACAGUUGUUUGAAUAACACCACAGUACUUUAUGUUUACUGUAUGUUUUUAAAGAAACCACUUCGGCUUCUAUAGAAGUCAGACAAUAUAUUUUUGAAAGUUUUACACCUGAUCAGCUGGAAAUCUGUGUGGGAAAUCUAUGCUAUCACAUGAUGUUAUGAUAACAUAAUGAAAUACAGCCGCAAGUACGGCAGUUGGUCUGUUCAGCACCGCCGAUUCCUCCUGUGCAUUUCAGAAUUUGGAGGGAAAAUAUGUUUGCAUGUGAUUAAUAAUGACCUAAACAAAGAACAGGGACCCAGGAGGGGGAAAAGAUCCCAGAAUUUUACUUUUUUAUAUCAGCUGGGACUGCAUGUAAAACACGGGGACAUGAUUACACAGUAAUUUACACAUAAUGCUACAGCACUAGCAUAAAUGCUGGUAACGCAACCGCUUGUGUAGGUUGUGUUGUAGCCCCACAGAAGUCUAAAUCAGGCAUGAGAUGGUAUUCACUAGAUUUGUGAACAGUAACAAGAAUAUUUCCAGCCUCAUCCUUUUUUUAAAUGGCUUUAAAAAAAACAUCAACUUGGGAGUGACCAGUUAUUUGGCUCUGGUGGAAUUAUUGUAUAUGUCAGGGGUCUGGGUUGUUUUUUUUUUGUUGUUGUUUUUUUUAGUUAAUACAAAAACACACUAAUGCCAAAGUAGCUUACUCUGCACAGAGUAGAUUUAAAACAUUUUUUUAACCUCACGAUGUAAUUUCAGACUUGACAAGGGGAAAACUAGUCAGUGAUAUAAUAAAUACAUGGAACUAAAACUCUCUGGUAUAAAUCCUCUGAGAUAGGCGACCGACAUGACGUAGUGUUGGUCCAGUAUCCUCUUUAACAGUGGUUUUCUUUUGUUGUUGUGUUUUACAGUUCUUUUUCCUGGCUCAGCCAGUCCUGUAUACCAGGCCCUGCUGAAAAUACCAUCCAACCGUUUUGUCUCCUGCAGCAUUUUCUCUCUCCAGUGUGCUCUUGUGUUUAAGUGUUGUGUGUCUGUAUUUAGGUGAUGUCUCUUUGUGAAUGGAUUAAGUGUGAGAUGAUGAUGAGGUAUUUGAAAGAUAAAAUUGGAGGUAUUUUGCAUUUUAAAAUAAACAGCCCACCAUCCUCUGUCCAGGUUUGGUUAAUUGAUGCAGUGACAGGUAAGGAUACUGAGAUAAUGAUGCAGGCAGCAUCUAGCCUGAAUUUUGUUAUUGCCAUUUAGCAUAUAAACUACUUAAUUCUCUGAAAUGUGUUUGUGGUGAGUAGACGCUGAUGGUUUGCAUAGUGUUCUUGCCGAAUCCCUAAAAUUCUCUCUGUUGUGUGUGUAUCUCAAUUUUUCUCUGUGUGCUUUUAGUAGCGAAGCCGCCAACGUGAAUCGCUUGUUUCAGUAAACGUCAAAAAUGAAAAUUGAGGGCACACCGAACUGGAGAAGCAGCUGUGCUUGCUAACGUUUGGUUCAUGACUUAAAAAACACAUUCAGGAUCUAUUCCAGAUGAGGCUAAAGCUUUGUCGCUGCUGGCGCCAGCAAAUGCUGUUGCAGGAAUUCUGCCAGGAGGAGGCCUUCUUCCGAUGCCUAAUCCCAUCCCCAAUCCACCUCUUGCGAACCCCUUUGGUGCACCCAAUAUCGACGCAAUGGCAGCGUUUGGAUUCCCAGGAGCUGGUAUGAAUCCCCAGGCUGCUGAUCAGCUGUUGAAAUUGAUGACGGAUCCAAAACUGAAUCCCCUGGCGGCUGGAAUAAACCUGAAUGCUGGGCUGAAGGCUGACGCAGCUAAUAAAGAAAUCGAAGAGGCAAUGAAGAGAGUCAGAGAGGCCCAGUCGCUCAUUUCUGCUGCUAUCGAACCCGGACAUAAGGAGACAAAGAAGAAGCGCUCUCGGUCCAGGUCCAGAUCCAGAAGGAGGAGGUCCCGAUCGCGUUCAAGACACAGGCGAACCAGAAGCAGGUCGAGGCGCAGAUCCAGAUCGAGAAGCAGAAGACGCUCCAAAAGCCCACGCAAGAGACACACCCACUCUAGAGACAGAGGGAGGAGAUCUCGCAGCAGAUCCAGAGAGCGAAAGAAAGAUGAUGCAGGGAGAAGGAAAUCCAAAACACCACCCAAAAGCUAUAGCACAGCGAGGAGGUCACGCAGUGUGAGCCGGAGACGCAGGAAAAGUCGCAGCGCCAGCCGUUCUCCUAAGAAGUCUCCUAAAAGGAAAAAUUCCCCGUCUCCAUCUCCUCGAAGACACAAAAAAGAGAAGAAGAGGGAGAAGGAAAGGGACCGGGAGCGUAGGAGCGAUAAAGAGCGCAGCCGUGAAGAACGGGAGCGCUCCAGCAGCAAGAAAAAGAAGAGUAAAGACAAAGAAAGGGAACGUGACCGGAAAUUAGACGCAGAGAAAGAUGUUAAGAUCACCAGAGACUACGAUGAGGAAGAGCAAGGCUACGACAGCGAGAAGGAGCGAGGCGACAGGAAGGACUCGGACGAUUCCGCUUUGUCUCCUCGAUCAGUAGAAGGUAAUGGCACAGCACGUUCCGCGAAGCAGGCCAAAGUUAACGGUGCUGAUGAUCGCCACGAAGAGGACAUGGACGUCAGCGACUGACUCGUCCGUCCCGUCCUUUCCCACAUUCUCCCUCCAUGUUGGUUGUGAAAAAGCUACAUCUUUCCCCCUUCCUACUGGGCUGAAUCUGAAAAUGUGAAUUGUUUGAAAUGUAUCAGUUUCUGUCACAGGAGGGAAGCGUGCCCUUUUGCAAAUGUUUGAUGCUAAAAAUCGUCUGCCCUGACAUUUUUCUCAGUUUGUCACAUUUACUGUAAGUGGUCUUUCUGCUCUUUGCUGCUACAGAUGUAAUAGAUUACAACUGGAAGUAGGCUUGCUUUGCUUUUCUUUAGCUUGUGUUACCAGAUUUUUUUUUUUUAUUAUUUGUCUUUACAUAUGAACCUUUUUCAUUUCUGUUGUGUGGGGUGGUGUGACGCACGGGUCUCUUGUCUUCACCAAAAAUGCAAAGAUACUGCGUUUAGCUUCUUGUUAUCUGAGAGUACUGAUUGUUUUAUCAAGGAUUUCUUUUAUAUAUUAAAGCUUAUUUAAAAAGCUAA